UAGAGGACGAUGCUGUGAUAUUACUGCAUUGGUUAAAGUAUGUAUCACGUCAUGAUUAAUCAGCCUCUUGUGGCGCCCUCUCUGCAUUUUGCGACCUAGGCAACCGCUAGGCAACCUCCUCCCCUGAUCUACAGGAAUGUGUUGUUGCAGUAACGUUGGCAGUGAGGGAAAGUUGACUUUCAAGUGUCACACCCAGGUUCCUAGCAGGUUGAUGCUUCUUUCUUUUACAGACAAAUGAAAGUUAUGUUUCUGUGUGCGUGUGUGUGUGUGUCAGUUUCUCUACACAAAUGAAAGUUAAGUGUCAGAAAGUGAAGGUUCGCCUCAGCUCGCGUCACGUCACCUCGUGAGCUCCAUAUAACGCUGCUCAGAAGUCAGACGUUCACACAGCUGCAGAGUCAGAGGAGACGAGAUGAGUGCUCAGAGUGAAAUAACCCUGGAGGGCAGACUGGGGGCGCUGCAGUGCCACUUCACCUGGGAUCUGGAGCCCGGCAGGAACACACUUUUGAGAAUCAAGGACAUACUGCAGGAUAUCGGCACAGAGGAAGGAUGCAAGUGGCUGGGACACAUUUACAACCUGCAGGGGUACAUCUACUUCCAGCUGGGGUACAUUGAAGAAGCCAGGAGUUUCUUCAGCAGAGCAGAGGAGGCCUUCAGGAAGAUGAGAGGAGCAGAGGAGGGUCCCUGGCUGGUGGUGACCUACGGGAACCAGGCCUGGCUGCAUCACCAUCAGGGAGAACAAGCAGAGAGUCGGGCUUGUCUGUCAAAGAUCGACGGCCUGAUGACUGAGGAUCCAUCACAGGAUGAGCUGCACCAGGAGAUCUGCGCUGAAAAAGCCUGGACUCUGAUGAAGUUCAGCAGAGAACAGAAGCUUCUGGCAGCUGAUUACUUCCAGAGAGCCUUCCUGAUGCAGCCGGAUAUGGUGGAGUGGCAGACCAGCUACAUGUUAUUGUUAGCAAACACCUUUAAACACUCAAACCUGAGGGCGGACAUCUGGGAGAAAAUGAAAAUUGCCAAGGAACAGGAUCCAGAGAACCUGUACCUCGCUGGUAUUUACCUCCUGGAACUUGCUAAGAGAGGAGAAACAGACCAAAGUGGAGCACGUGAGUUAGCCACAAAGGUUCUGAGAAACCCUGUCAGCAGCUACAGUGGAAUCAAACCUUUGCUGUGGUUUUACAAAACCUUCCCCUCCAUGGACGAGGCUGUGGCUUUGGCAGAAGAGGCUCUAAAGCUACAUCCGGGAGAACGUUAUCUGAAAAGAUGUGCUGCAUACAGCUACAGAUGGAAGAUCUGGAAGGACAGUGACCCAAGUCCGAGCCUGAUAGAGAAAGGGAUCCGUGCCUAUGAGGAUUUGCUUCCUCUUUAUCCUGAUUCCUCAUUUUUUAAGAAAAUGUACCUCGCAAGUAUUUACGCAAAGUCAGAGAACACCAAGGCCAAAUCUGAGAUGAUCUUCCAACAGCUGCUCGUAGAGGAUCUGGAACCUGCUGAACAACAAGCCUUCUUCAACAUCUACGCAAAUUAUCUGUACUACACUCAGCAGCAAAUUAAGAUGUCAAUCCAGUAUCACAUGAAGGCUGCGGAGAUUCCAAUCAAGUCUGACUUUCAGGAGAACAGCAUCAAGCAUCUGGAGAAGAUCAGACACAGAGAGUGCAACCAAGAAGUAGACAGGUUUCUGUCCAGGCUGAGAGAAUCUCCGAAAUAAAUCCACCAGAUAUCUUCCACACACAAUCUGAAUCUAUUUGCAUUCAUCUAAUUCAGGGGAAAGUAAAUCCAGGUAGAUUUAUAGAUUCAGUUGUUGUGAACACCGUUGAUCACAUUUGAAUUCAGCUUGUAUUCGUACGGAGCCAGAUCACAACACAGUGACUGACAGGGAAAAGUCGUUGAGUUUGUUUUUCAAUGUGAGGAAAUGUUUGAGUUUAACGACAUGUAGCUUGAGAAUGUUCUGAUGGUGAUGAUAAUGUAUACGUAUUGAAAUGUCUUCAAUCUAAUUUCUAUAUCUGUAGAAUACCUGUUCAAUUGUUUUCAGAGUGGUUGUAAUAUUGAUGUUAAUAAUAGUGAUGCAUAUAUAACAGUAGGUUUCAGGUGUGAAAGAUUCAUACAUUAUUAUUAGAGGAAGAUAACAUUGAAACAUAUUCUUAAAAUCCAUAUUCAGUGGAAACUGGCUGCAGUCAUCAUGUGUUGCUGAUGUGGAGGAAAUGUUUGCUUGCUCCUUUAAGAAACAGCUUGAUUGUAAAGUUUAUUGAACAGAACAGACUGUGUAUUAAAUUUACUAAUGUUUUGAGUGAGGGAAAUUGAACUCUGUAAAGUGUAUUUCUUAAAUUGAAUGUUAAUUGUUAAUUUGUAGUAUAACCUGAAUAUAUUAACAGGUUUGCAUGCACAGAGUAUUUCAGCUGUACUAAUGCUAUUAAACACUUUGUCUUUAA